UCGGCAUAGGUAGGGGUUUUCAAAUUAAAAAUAUGGAGAAAAAAGAACUUUACAUGGGAAAGUGUCUCAAAGAUUUAGGGGAACAUUUUGAAAUUCCUUCAACUAUUAUUGGAAAAAAUUCGAUUCCUCAAAUUCUAAUAUCCUUAAAGAAGCUUAUUCGGAAGGCUGAAGAGAUGAAAGUUCACGGCGAUGAAGAGCAGAGUUAUAUCCUUUACAUGAAAUUUAUGAAUUUGUUAUCAAAACUUCAAAAAUUUCCAGAUUACAAGAAAAACAAACACCAAAUCUCUGAAAUGCUUGGAUCAAAUGAAGUGAUUACAAGUUAUAUGGAUGUAUUAGAGAGUCUUUCAAAUAGCCUUAAGGAAAGAUAUGCAAAGAAAUAUCCGCCAGAAUCAAAUCAUUUAGCUGAAUCAACAAAAAUGAACAUCGACGAUGAAAAAGUUUUAAAAGAAAUUUCAGCAAAUCCUGAAGUCAAAGAAGUUGUUGAUUGUGAAUCACUUUUCACUAUGAUGAAAGAUGAUAAAAAGUUAUUAAUAUUGGACUGUCGUCCGGAUGAUGAUUAUGAACAAUCGAAAAUUAUAUACAAAUUUACCGUACAUGUGCCUGAAGACUCGCUUGAAUUAGGGAUGACAGCUGAAAAGAUUCAAAACAGACUUCCAAACGAUUCAAAAGUUUUCUGGCAGUUUCGUACGUGUCGGCCAUACAUUAUUUUCGUUGACUGGUCGAGUAAUCGCUUUAAUCGAAACUCACCUGUUUGGCAUUUAAGAGAAAUUCUCUUGGGAUGGGAUCAAGAACUGCAGGAAUUGGAAAAGAAGCCCACAAUGUUAUUACUGGAAGGAGGAUACGAAAAAUGGAAGACACUUUAUCCAAUGAAAUGUCACAAUCCACAAUACUCACCCCCUAAAGCCGCAAAUGAUGAUGCAGCUUUGAUUGGUGAUGUUGAAUAUCCAAACUUGGAAGACAUUCAAAUGAAAGAUUCGACGUUAAACAAAUCUUUGUCCUCAACUUCCAUUCCAAUUGUCGAUCGAAGUAUUAAGCCAAGUGCUGCAACAGGUGAUCCUUACAAAUCACCUCUAGAACUAGUUGAAGAACGUGAAAAAAUUAUGAACAAAUCGCUACAAAGUGAGAAAGAAUUAGCGACAUUGGAAGCAAACUACAAGCAAGUUGUAACUGAUAAAGAGAAUAAUGAAGAUUCAUCGAUUCAAGAGCAGAAUUAUCUGUUUAAGAUUUGGGAGCUACAAGCAAAACAAGUUGAUUAUAAGAUUGAAGAGAAAUCGAUAAAGGAACAGUUGGAAUCGAGUAAGGAACAGAUAAAAGAUCCUCAAAUCAUGACAAAAGUGAUGAUAGCUGAGCAAGGUAUUAAAGAGAAGGAAAUGGAAAGAUUGAAACUUUUUGAGGAGCGAGAAAGGAAUAAAAAAGAACGUGAAGAAGCAUUAAAGCUUGCACGUGAACGAAAGCCGACAUUUAAUGAUCAUAAAGUGCCACCAAAAACUCAACGUAAAAAUGAACUUAUUCUCACACCGAAAGGUUUACCGAAUCAAGUUAUCACACCUUCAAUUCCUUCAUUUGACCGAUCUUCAAAGCCAAUGCAAGUGAUCAAUCGUCAACCCUUUAAUGAAGAAGAUUUUGCACCAGUCUAUGGUCGAGUGGAACGUGGAUUGACGGGGCUUAAGAACUUGGGGAAUUCUUGUUACAUGAACAGCAUUAUACAAUGUUUAAGCAACACUCACAAGUUAAUGCAGUAUUUGUUAGAAGAAACUUAUGAGAAACAUGUUAACAGAAAUAACAAAACGAAAGGCAGCAUCGUAAGAACACUUGCAGCUGUGAUUAAAAUGUUGUGGAGUGGAGAAUGUAAACAUAUUUCAAGUAAACAAUUGAAAGCUGUCAUUGGCGAACAAGAUCAUCUUUUUUAUGGAAUGGAUCAACAAGAUUCACACGAAUUUCUCGUUAUGCUUAUAGAUUGGCUGCAAUCAGAUCUUCAAACAAUUCCAGUGGUGCAUACUGCAGUUGAACUUCCUCCAUCAGAGAAGGCUUGGCAGGAAUACACAAAAGCGAAGGAAAGCUUCAUCCUUCGGUUGUUUUAUGGACAAAUUAAAAGCACUGUUAAAUGUACAGUUUGUUCGAAGGAAAGUUCAACGUACGACACAUUUUCCAAUCUCAGCUUAGAACUUCCUCCGAACAACAUCGAUCGUUGUCAUAUUGAUGAAUGUUUCAACAUGUAUUUUCAUGGAGAGAUGGUGAUGGGAUGGAAUUGUCCUCAUUGUAAAGCACCACGCGACGCAAUCAAGAAACUUGACAUUUCCAAAUUGCCACCAGUCUUAGUGAUUCAUCUUAAGCGAUUUUACGCUGACCCUUACAUGAAUUGUACGUACCGUAAGAAAACUAUUUAUGUUGACUUUCCACUCACCGAUAUGAAAAUGAUGCCUUACACUAUUUAUGUUGACUUUCCACUCACCGAUAUGAACAUGAUGCCCUACGUUGCUCGAACGGAGAAGAACAGUGGAUCAAAUCUACAGCACAUUUAUCGUUUGUAUGCUGUGUCGAAUCAUUAUGGAAGCACCGAAUCUGGCCAUUAUACAGCUUAUUGUCGUAACUACAAACAAAGUACGUGGUACAAGUUUGAUGAUCAUACUGUGUCCCCAUUGGAUCGAUCUGAAGUUAAAUCAUCAGCUGCUUACAUUCUCUUUUACACAUCAUUGCCGGAUAAUGCACCACAAAUUCAGAAUCGUUGGAGAUAGCAAGAUCGACAGCGACAUUGAAAAAUUCAUGUGACUCUGAAAUUUAAUAUUCACCUCUUGAUAUUUAACGUUGAUCGUCGUUUCAUAAUUUAAAUGUCAAAAUAUUUAACAUGGAAGAUUCUAAAAAUUAUAUUUCAUUAUUUAUAAAAUGGCUAAGAAGGUUGACAAAAGUCUAGCUAAAAGUUACAGACAAAAGAGAGAAAAUAAAGAAUUAAAAUUUAAAAUCUUCCUCGUCUUCUUCAUCGUCUUCAUAAUGAGGAUAAUUUAAUUCUAAAUCAAUUAAUUGUUGGUUGAUAUUUUCUGUUUUUAUAGGUUUUGUAAAUGGAUCUGUCGUUGGAUUAAUUUGGGAUUGCUCUCCAUUUUCGGAAUUUUCGUUCUCCUCAUCUCCUAAGUUUUCUACUUGACAACUCGCUAACUCGAGAUUUUCAACCGUUAUUAAAUUAAUGUUUUGAUUAACUUUUCCUAGUAAACCUGCUACUUUUUCUUUUAAUUCGAGUAGUUUCUUCUGUUGUUGUAGAACAAGAUAAAUUUCUUGUGGCGUUACUUUAUUGCUUUCCAUUAGAUUAUUAAUAUUAAAUUUAUUUAUUUGGACAUAUUCAAAAUGUAAACAAAUUUUUCGUUAAAUUGCUACUCAAAAGCUUAGCUUUUCUACUCAAAGGGCAUGAAAGUAUGUUUUCAUCAGAUUCCAUACAGAAACUUGCUUCUCUUACGACAUAAAUAAAUCUCGCGCAAUUAUCCACAAAGAAGACAACACCGAGUUUUUAAAAGAAGAAUACAUUCUAAUUUAUUUACACAAUUCAUUAUGUGUUUUAAUUUGAUUCCAAACAAUCUAAAUAAUUCACUAAAGCGUUUUAGUCUUUUCUCCCACUCUCUGAAUCAUUUCUUUCGUCUUGUAUCUCUUGUUUGACACCUUUUAGUUCUUCGUCAAUUCUUUCUUUUGCCCUAAACACUUUUGAUUGCAAAUAGAAGGAUCCACCUUUAGAUUUAUCAUUAACUGAAAACAAAUGUUCAUAGCUUUUUUGUAGCUCUUCGGGGUCGAGUUUGUUGAUAUUAAGAAUCUGUUGGGCUUCUUCAAAUGACUUACCGGUUCUAGUUGUUGCUGCUCGAGUAUUUCCUGACCUGUUCUGAUUUCUUUUUGCAGCUUCUUGACUUGCAGCAAUUUCUUGUUUAAGUGCUCGAGCAAAAGCCCUGCCUACAACCUGACUACCCAUAAUAAUCAAUUGUGCUAUGUAUUUAGCCAUUUUUUAAAUAUAAUUUAGUUAGAAACUUGA